GUUGAUGUAUAUAUAAAAAAUCUGCAUCAGUGUUUUGUCUACAUUUUCUCUUCCAUUAGUUUCGUUAUCUUUUUAUUUUCUCUAUCUAUCUGGAUAUUAUUUUUUCACUUGGGGAUUUGGAGAAACCUCUCCUCUCUCUAUCUAUAGCCAUGGCUGCUUUCACUUGUACCUCUCGUCCUCCGAUUUCUCUCCGCUCCGAGACCAGAAUCGUAUCCUCAUCACCAUCGGCUUCUUCUCUCUCUUCUCGGCGGAUGUUCGCCGUCUUACCGGAAUCAUCAGGUUUGAGAAUCCGUCUUUCUCUCUCUCCGGCUUCGUUGACCUCGAUUCAUCAACCUAGGGUUUCUCGAUUACGAAGAGCCGUCGUCUGUGAAGCUCAGGAAACUACUACCGAUAUUCAAGUGGUCAAUGACUCGACAUGGGACUCUCUAGUUCUUAAAGCAACUGGGCCUGUAGUUGUCGACUUUUGGGCACCAUGGUGUGGACCUUGCAAGAUGAUUGAUCCGCUUGUAAACGAUCUAGCACAGCAUUACACUGGGAAGAUCAAGUUCUACAAAUUAAACACUGAUGAAUCUCCUAAUACUCCCGGCCAGUACGGAGUUAGAAGCAUCCCAACGAUCAUGAUCUUUGUCGGUGGCGAGAAGAAGGAUACAAUCAUAGGUGCAGUGCCCAAAACCACACUCACAUCUAGCCUCGACAAGUUCUUGCCAUGAAAUAUCACUUGUGGAGUCUGUAAGAUCUCGUAUCUCUCUGUCUCUCGUUCUUGUUCUCAUUAUCUCUGUAACUCAUUAUCACUGAACAUCUAGACCUGGAUAAAUAAUAUGAUGUCAUGUCUUAUGUCAUUUUUACUGGUUUGAAGAUGUUUUGAGAUGCGGAACUAAAGGUAUCAAAGAACAAUCUUGGACUAGACUAAUGGAACCACAUUAAAAUGAUUCCACCAAUCUUUUUUUGGUCAUGAGAGAGAUCUUAAGAUUGUUUGGUUCUGCAAGUUUUUUGAUGAACACACGCUAAGGUUUGUUACUUAUUCUAAAACUCCUCGUAUUAAAAGAUAUUAUGCGACACUCUAAUGAAUGAGCACAUGUAUGCAAAAGGGGC